UUCACUAACUUUUCAGGUCUAUCCAUUUGCAACAAUAAUACAUAACUAGUAUCCCUCUUCAGUGUUGCUCUUCUCAUUUCUCUUCAGCCCUCAGAUUUUCGAAGGGGACUUUGAGACGCCGGCUGCGACGAUGGGGGAGAUUACGAAUGUGAUGGAGUAUCAGGCUAUUGCCAAGCAAAAAUUGCCGAAAAUGGUGUAUGACUACUAUGCAUCUGGUGCAGAAGAUGAGUGGACUCUGGCCGAGAAUCGGAAUGCAUUCUCCCGGAUUCUGUUUAGGCCCCGUGUCCUGAUUGAUGUAAGCAAGAUCGACAUGACUACCACUGUCCUUGGCUUCAAGAUUUCGAUGCCAAUCAUGAUUGCACCAUCUGCUAUGCAGAAAAUGGCUCAUGUUGAUGGAGAGUAUGCAACAGCAAGAGCUGCAUCAGCUGCAGGAACAAUCAUGACAUUGUCAUCCUGGGCUACUUCCAGUGUUGAAGAAGUUGCUUCGACUGGACCAGGCAUUCGAUUCUUCCAGCUUUAUGUCUACAAGGACAGGAAUGUGGUGGCUCAGCUCGUAAGGAGAGCUGAAAAGGCCGGUUUUAAGGCGAUUGCGCUCACUGUGGAUACUCCAAGACUCGGACGCAGAGAGGCUGACAUCAAGAACAGAUUCACUUUGCCGCCUCAUCUGUCUCUGAAGAAUUUUGAAGGUUUGGACUUGGGGAAGAUGGACAAAGCUGAUGACUCUGGAUUGGCCUCAUAUGUUGCUGGCCAAAUUGAUCGAACUUUGAGCUGGAAGGAUGUGAAGUGGCUCCAAUCGAUUACCUCGUUGCCCAUCCUGGUUAAGGGCAUAAUCACUGCUGAGGAUACAAGGAUUGCCAUCCAGAAUGGAGUUGCCGGGAUUAUUGUAUCCAACCAUGGCGCUCGCCAGCUCGACUAUGUUCCUGCGACCAUUGAGGCUCUGGAAGAGGUCGUGAAAGCUGCUCAGGGUCGCCUCCCGGUUUUCUUGGAUGGCGGGGUUCGACGUGGGACAGAUGUCUUCAAGGCCCUUGCACUUGGUGCUUCCGGCAUCUUCAUUGGGAGACCGGUGUUGUUUGCAUUGGCUACUGAAGGGGAAGCCGGCGUGAGGAAAGUACUUCAGAUGUUGCACGACGAGUUUGAACUGACGAUGGCAUUGAAUGGCUGCACGUCUCUGAGCGAUAUUAAUCGCAACCACAUCAAGACCGACUGGGAUGCCUCUCCGCUCCCGGCUGCUCGGCUGUAAAUAUAUUACGCAUGGCGAAGUCGUUCCGAUAUGUGGAAAUCUGGAGAUUUUCAUUCGAUUAUAAGAACUUAGCAAUGCCACUCAUUGUUACUUGUAUUGUAAAAACCAUACACUUUUGGGGUCUGAUACAUACACAAGCACAUACGUAUAUGUAUGUAUGUAUGUGUCUGUGUUUCUCAUAAAUAGCCAUGGCUGCCUAUAUAUGUUUGAUUUCUGA